GAUCGACCAAUUGUAUUGUAAAAUGUAGGAUCCACAUCCCAAAGGUGCCUAUAUCCACCUUCGCAUAUUUCCCUAUAUCUCCUUUGCAAACCAACCUGUCAACAUGACAUCAAAUGCUAAAUUUAAAGUGGAAACAUCAAGCAACUCUGAAAAAUUUAUAUAAAGGACCAAAGCAUGAAUCGAUAAAAUUUACGUCACUAUUUACAAAAUGUUCUUACAAAAUUGAUAAACAAGGUUUCGACAAAUUCUAAAGAAAAUUUCCAGUGAAAAUGUCUAGUAAAUUUUACCGGAAUGCCCUGCAAAAGUAUCAAAAUUUUCGUCAACUAAUGACCAUAAAUAUUAUCAGUUUUGGCAGCAGAAAGCCUAAGCCCAUUUCAAUGGCAUACAGGGCGUUUGAAGGGACAGAUAUCGUAGGUAACACGGCUCCUUUGGUCGUGGUCCACGAUCUGUUCGCCUCCAAACGCCAAUGGAAGAAUAUGAGCCGAGCUAUUCAAGAGAACGCAAAACCAGCAAGGAAGGUGAUUGCGGUCGACAUAAGGAAUCAUGGUGACAGCCCCCAUUCUCCUUACCAUACAUAUGCACACUUGGCAGAGGACAUUGUCAACUUCCUCAAGGAAAACGAUAUCGAUAGAGCUGCUCUUCUGGGACACAGUGUAGGAGGUCGUGCAGUCAUGUAUACAGCUUUGAAAUAUCCCCAAGUUGUUGAAAGGAUAAUUGUAGCCGAUGGGUCUCCGAUUUCUACGUCAAACACAUUCCUUCAGCUAGAAUCGAUAUUCCCUAGGCUUAAAUCGAUAACCAUUAACCCAGAACUAUCCAUAGCUGAAGGUCGGGAUACCAUGAAGAGACAACUCGCCAAAACCAUCCACAACGAAGCAAUGUUGGACUUCGUUUUGAAAAAUAUCAAGAAAACAGAAGGUGGCAGGUUCCUCUGGGGACAGAAUAUCCACGUGCUUCACACAAAUUUCAAAAAUAUGGCCCAUUUUCCCAUUGAAGAUGUUAGAGGUUACCAGUAUCGUGGACCAGCACUUUUCAUAUCCGGAAGUAAAUCGGAUUUCUUGAAAGUAUCUGAAUUUGAAGAUAUCAAACGGUUUUUCCCGAAAGCCGAACUACAACUGAUGGACAGUGGUCACGACAUUCAUACCGAAUAUCCUUCUGAAUUUGCCAAAACUGUUGUAUCGUUUAUAAACCAAUCUUAAAGUCAUGAAUAAUAUUGGAUUCAAAUUUUGAAUAAAUUGUUUCAAGUC